AUGAAGCGGUUGCUAGGCGGCGGGGGCGCGCGCCUCCGCAUCGCGCUCCUCCUCCGCCACUGGCUCUUGGGCUUCAGCGCGUGCCUGUGUGAGCAACCUGCGCUCUGCAACCCUAUCUCGACUCAAAGGGACUUCGAGGUCUUUGUGUUUGAUGUUGGUGGAAAGACCUGGAAAUUUUAUGACUGGACACAAAUUACAACAGUGGCAACUUUUGGACACUAUGACCCUGAUCUUCUAUGUUAUGCUCAUUCAAAAGGAUCCAGAGUUGUUUUACAUGGAAACAUAUCUGUGAAGAAAAUUUUAAAACCUGCUGUUCGAACAGCCUGGAUAAAACAAAAAACAAGUCUGGCUAAAAAGCAAUACAUGGAUGGAAUCAAUAUAGACAUUGAACAAACAGUUAAAAAAUCUUCAGCUGAAUAUUAUGCAUUAACUGCUUUAGUUAAAGAAACAACAGAAGCUUUUCACAAAGAAAUUCCAGGUUCACAGGUAACGUUUGAUGUACCUUGGUCUCCUCGCUGCAGCGAUAGAUGCUACAACUACACUGGGAUUGCUGACUCCUGUGAUUUCCUGUUUGUGAUGUCUUAUGAUGAACAGAGUCCAGUGUGGUCCAACUGCACAGCAGGGGCCAAUGCUCCAUACAAACAAACUUUAGCAGGAUAUGACCAUUACAUUCGCAUGGGCAUUAAUCCAAAGAAGCUGGUGAUGGGUGUUCCAUGGUACGGCUAUGAUUAUACAUGCCCAAACUUACUUAAGGUGCAUGUUUGUGUCUUUGCAAAGAAUGUUUUCCAAGGGGCCCCAUGCAAUCAUGCAACAAUAAGUCAAGCUCCCUAUAGAAUCAUCAUGAAAUGGGAGAAGUCGUCUAUUUCUGGGAUCCUGUGGGAUGAAGAACAAAAAGCUCCCUAUUUAGAAUACAAGGACUCACAGGGUGCUUUUCACCAAGUGUGGUUUGACAAUCCCAAGAGCAUUUCUCCAAAAGCAGCCUACGCAAAAGCACACGGUCUGAGGGGCAUUGGGAUGUGGAAUGCAAAUUGUCUUGAUUACUCUGCAAGCUCUGCAGCUCAACAGCAGACAGAAGCAAUGUGGGAAGCCUUGAAAAGUGCGUAA